CCACCAACCACUCGACCGCAGCGCCGGCUUCCUCCCCAAACACAGUCGCCGCCGACCGCCUAGUCAUCGCCGAGCACCCUUCACCGCCUCGUCCCCAUCCCCCGCGCACCCAGCGCCUGCUUCCUUUCGAGGAAUGCCGCCGACCGCUCUCCAUCCCCACCACAACAGCGACCUUCUCCACAAGUUUCCUCCCCCGAGCAGGCCUCCUCCUCCUCAAGCUUUAUCCCCCGAGCAGGGCCUCCUCCUCCACGAGCAUCCUUACCCGAGCACUAAGUUGGGCUGCCUCCUGGUUCCCUCACCCGAGCAGCGGACCUUCCUGUACGGCCCCUCUCCCAAGAAGCUCCACCUCCUCUACAUCCUCCCCCAGCUGAGAAUGACUUAUAAGUUCAUGGCAAAAGCAGCAACAUCAGUACGUAACCACAAGCAAGCUGAGGGGGUAAUAAUCUUGGUAUUUAAGUCUUAGAUUUAGUAUUUUGCUUUUUGGAUACAUGAACAUUGAAACUUAUUUAGCAUUUCGUUUCUUAUAUGCUUCAUGCAAAUAAAACUGCAGUAAAAUAUGAGCCGAGAUUUUGCUUGGCAUGUGUAUGUAUGCAUGCCCUGAAUUUGCUUAGCAUUUUUAUGCAUACAACUAUUGGAAGCUUUUACAUGUCCUGGAACUGAGCUUUUGCAUGCCCUGUGUUUUCUGAAGCUGAGUCUUUUGUUAUUGGCUAGUACUUGAAACAGAGUCGCAGGCCUCCUGCCAUAUAACCAUUUAUGAAGUGCAUAUGUGAUGCCUUAUCUUGUAUUCCUACAAAGAGUCCAGUAUUUUUUUUUCAUGUGUAAAAAGUGGCUGACCUGGCAUUACACUGUUAAGUGUUUUGUAUGCAUUAGGAAUCUUGUUGUAGAUACACACUGAGCUGAAAAUGUUGCUAGCAGAAAUAGGUUUUCUGUUAGCUACGCAUCUGGUUUAAAACAUGGUAUGACUACUUGCUUUGGAAUAGUAACGCCUUGAUAUUAUCUGAUCCUAUCUCAUGCAUAUUUUAGUUAUU